GGAUCCACGCGUUCGAUCGUGCACGGCGAAAAAAAAAAAAAAGGUUCAAGAAUCCCGAGGGUCCUCUUAUCUUAUCGCCCGCUGUCAGUUGAUAUCCUUUCUUGCGAUUCACUUUCCUUUCCACACCCGGCCUACCAUCCCACUGCCAUCAGCAUUGCCGCCACUGUCGCUAGCCGCCGAGUUGCGCUGCCAAUAUCUCAAUACCAUUCUACGGAUUUGAAGGGAGGAAAAAGCAAGACAAAGCCGAGAACCCCGCCAGAAACCGCGGCAGCAAAAACCUCGACGAGCGACAGUCCCAGACACCACCACAACCUUUUCGACAUGGCUACGCUUACCACCACCAGGACCCUACCUGGUGGCAGCCAGAAGAUGGAAACCGUGUCCGGUGCUCCUGUACAACUUCUACAGUCCCGGGAGACCGGUGAGGUUGACCCCAGGCCAAAGGCUGGAGAAAGGCCAGCAGUCGCAAAGUCAUGGGCACACUUUGUAGCUGGAGGUGUCGGCGGCAUGACAGCAGCAACCCUCACAGCCCCCCUCGACGUCCUCAAAACCCGCCUCCAAUCCGACUUUUACCAAGCCCAGCUCAAAGCCUCCCGCGCCGCCCACGUCGGCCCCAUGAACCCCCUCCGCACGGCAGUCUACCACUUCAACGAAACCGCCUCGAUCCUCGCGGCCGUGUACAAGGUAGAAGGCCCGCGCGCCUUGUUCAAGGGUCUCGGCCCCAACCUCGUCGGCGUCGUCCCUGCCCGCGCGAUCAACUUCUUUACAUACGGCAACAGUAAACGUUUGUUGGCUCAAUGGUUCAAUGAUGGGAAAGACGACUCGACAUACAUCCACCUCUCCUCGGCCAUGAUAGCCGGUGUGGUAACGAGCACGGCGACGAACCCGAUCUGGAUGGUCAAGACGAGAUUGCAGCUUGACAAGAACCUCGCGGCUGAGGGCGGGAUCGCGACGAGGCAGUACAAGAACAGUCUGGACUGCAUCAAGCAGGUGCUGAGGAACGAGGGCAUUUACGGGCUGUACAAGGGCAUGAGCGCGAGUUAUCUGGGCGUGGCCGAGUCGACCCUGCAGUGGGUGCUGUACGAGCGGGCGAAGAAGAGUCUGGCGAGGAGGGAGGAGAGGUUGGUGAUUAGCGGGAAGGAGAGGACGUGGUGGGAUACGACGGUGAGCUGGAUGGGGAACGCGAGCGCGGCGGGAGGGGCGAAGUUGAUUGCGGCCAUUUUGACUUACCCUCAUGAGGUUGCCCGGACAAGACUUCGUCAAGCGCCCAUGGCGGACGGCAGACCAAAGUAUACCGGCCUGGUUCAGUGCUUCAAGCUUGUGGCCAAGGAGGAGGGCAUGGUCGGUCUCUAUGGAGGCAUGACGCCGCACCUGCUCAGGACCGUCCCAAGUGCGGCCAUCAUGUUUGGCAUGUACGAGGGCAUCCUGAGACUGCUGCAACCUUCGCAUCAUGAGCCAUGAGGAUGACGACCGAGUCGAAAACGAUGACGGCUGUACGGUCAUAACUCUACGAUGCGGCCGACCCAGGCGCACAUGCCAACCUCUUCUCCUUAUACACCUCUGCACCACCAACAAUCGAUACCCUACCUUUCUUUCAGCGACGUAUCAUUACGGAGAACAUAUGCUUUGGCGAGCGAUUGGCGUAUAUAGGAGACACGGGGAACGACGGGAGACUGUGGGGGCGGGGGCGUGUUAACCCUCUUCUCGCACACUGGAAAGACUGGAUGGGGCGGCAACAGCAUGGGGAUGGUUCAAGAAGGCAAGCAUGGCAUCCGGCGUUUAGGUUGGGCUUCUGUUGGGUGGUUUUUAUUUUUGGGUAUAUAUGGGAUGAUGCGAGUAGGUUUGGCAACGGGAUGAUUUACCCCUCUCACUGUUACUCGUUGUUGCUUGUAAUGAUACAAGGGAGGGAUUAAAUGUACGAUACCUGCGUCAGGGCGCAUGAUGCAUGAAGGGAAAAACGGGGGGAGGAUGUAUGCAUUCAGCAGGGGAUGAAAGCUGGGGGGUUCUCAAAUGGGUGGAAAAGAAAAGGAACGGAAAAUUCACGGAAAGGAACAAAGAGGUAAAAUAGGAUCCCUGCUCUUGAAAAAAGACAAAUAAAUCCAAUAUAAACAUGGCAAAUCAAGCCAAAUCCACACUGAGCCGGAGUUCACGAGAUAGUAAACUGUCAUAGGGACACUGGGAGGUGGAAAAACGGGAUAUCUCGAAUUCAAUGAAACCAAAUAAAAGUCCAACAGCUAAACCCUCAAGACACUCUCUCUCCUUGGCUUCCAUUCUCCUCCGCUGGCAGUGAAUCGACAUGAAAGGAAACAAAACAAAACAAAACAAAACAAAACGGUACAACUGAUGCAACAAACAACAUUACUCGCCUCCUUUUUGGGAAAAAAAUGACCAACCAAGCCCGCAUAUCAUCAUAACCCGUCAAGCUUUCUAAUCAUCCAACUUAUACGACUCUGGAAACAUCCCUUUAGGUGGUUUCUUUUGCAGCUUUCUCGGUCUCGUCUGCACAGAGAGUGGUGGCUGCGGUGGCGCCGGCCCCGACCUGCUGAUGUCCGUUGCCGCCCUCUCCCUCCCGCCAGACCACAACCGCGAAAUACCCCUCCCGGUCGUCGAAAAGCUGCUGCCGUUCGUAGAAACCGAAGCCGUCGUCUGAUCCAAUGUCGUGGUCGUGGUCGUGGUCGU